UGAACUUGAAGUUAAGUGAAACGCGAGAAAUGAACGCACGUUUCUGGUAUACUUUUUUUUCUCAGUCCAGACGUGGCUUUUUAAAUCCUAAUUCUGUGCUAAAUAAGCUUCGAAAUAUUCCGUCGAAAUUACCUUCUCACGGAAAUCAUUGUAACAUUAUGCAAGGUCCAGGUACAACAGGAGAAGCAAUGUAUUAUCCACGAUCAGAAUACAAAUCUACAAGACAUUAUCAAGGACAAGUGAAAGCAGUUAUCUUUGAUUGGGCAGGAACUGUUGUGGAUUGUGGUGUUUUAGCUCCUGCACUUACUUUCUGUGAGCUUUUCAAGAAUGAAGGUGUUUGUAUCACAGAGGAGGAGGCCAGAGGACCAAUGGGAGCUCACAAGCGUGUGCAUAUUAAAAAAAUUUUGGAGAAUGCUUCUGUCCAACAGCGAUGGAUUAAAGUCCAUGGGAAAGCUGCAACUGAGGAAGAUAUUGAUAGAAUGUACAAAAAGUUUUCCCCAACUGUCUUGUCCUGUCUUCACAAGUAUUCUAAUAUUAUUGAUGGAGUAGUAGACACUGUGAAGGAACUUAGAAGAGCUCAUGGAAUAAAGAUUGGAUCAACCACAGGCUUCCCAAAGGAGAUCCUACAGACAUUACUGAGGACUUCAGAAAGUCAGGGAUAUGUACCAGAAGCUAAUGUUGCUGCUGAUGAAGUACCAGAAGCAAGACCUUGUCCUUAUAUGGUCUGGACAUGUGCCAUGAGAUUGGGAGUACACCCAAUAGAGGCCAUCAUCAAAGUUGAUGAUACUGUCGAUGGGAUUAGGGAAGGUCUCUCUGCUGGUUGCUGGACUAUUGGGGUAGCUAAAACUAGUAAUUAUGUGGGACUAACUGAACAACAACUAGAUGACCUUUCACAGUUGGAGCUGAAACAGAAACUGGCCCAUGCCUAUGACAUAUUGAUAGACUCUGGAGCCCACUAUGUAAUAGAUACUGUUGUAGAACUCCCUCUGGUGAUAAAAGACAUUAAUCGUAGGCUUGCUGGAGGUGAAAAACCAUAGACUGAAGAACUGGAUUGUUUUACUGUUUUUUAAAUAAAAAAGUAAAAAUAAAUUCUUGAUAAUACAAGUCAUCACUGUUUUAUGCAUCAUACUCCACAAGAUUUGCUUCCUAAAGUAAUAUCAAAUAUUGUAUUCAAAUUAAUAUGUCCAAAAUAUGACCCACAAGAUUUGUUUCCUAAAGUAAUAUCAAAUAUUGUAUUCAAAUUAAUAUGUCCAGAAUAUGCUCCACAAGAUUUGCUUCCUAAAGUAAUAUCAAAUAUUGUAUUCAAAUUAAUAUGCCCAAAAUAUGCUCCACAAGAUUUGAUUACUAAAGCAAUAUCAAAUAUUGUACUCUAAGUAAUAUGCCCAAAAUUGCAGAUUUUUUUUUCACAUUCCUUUUAUUAGUUUAACACAUAAAAAUCUGCUAUGUAUGUGAUUUUAUCACAAAGUUUUGUCCUAUUGGUUUUUAAUGAUUUGUCAGCUUUAGACAGUUAAACUGUAACUUUUAGUGUAUUCAAACUGUUUAUAAUUAUCAAGGAUGUUAAAAAAGGUGAGAAAUAACCUUAGUUUUGUUUUUAUAUUUUUUUACAAUAUUUCUGAGGUAUUUUCACUUCAGAUUUGUAUUGUCCUUGAAAUGUUUAGUAUUGAAUUUGAUAUAUUAAUAUAUAUAUAUAUAUAUAUAUGUUUGCAAUAUUUCUUUACGUUUCACUAAUUGUAUGUUUUAUAGAUGUCCAAAGAAGUACAAAUACUUUUAUUAUGUUAUAAGUUUUUAUAACAUGACUGUAUGUAAAAUGUAUAACUCACAAUGUAGUACAAGGUUUGAAAAGAGGAAAAGGAUCCUCAUAUUUGAAAUGUUUUAUUCAUCUUCUUGAAAGAACCUCCAUCAAGAAGAAAUAAUCUUGGAUUAUGCUAUGAUAUACUCAGUGUAGAUGAAUCUAAUUAUUAACACAAACAGUAUACUGCUUUCAGAAUCUGAAUAUUUUUGAGGUAGGUAAGCUGAUUUUGUCAAACUUUUAAAAGGCUAAUACCAAAUAAUUUUGGGACAUGACUUGUUUCAGGCCUCUUUCUUAAUGGUCCUGGUGCUCUAAAUUGAUCCACAUUUCUUUGUUGUCCAAUUCUUUUAAGUAAAGGUAUGUUCCUGUCUUGGGAAUUAUAAAUUCUUAAUCAGAAUACGUCUUUAUAGUCUGAACAUUUGAAUAUUUUGCAUCAGAAAGGGCUGUUACUUACCCUUUCCCAAAAUAAUCAGUUUUCAGUGGCAUCACACUACCUAUGAAUAGCCAGACAAUGUUGAAAUGUAAUUCUGAUACAUACCUUUCCACAGCAUCUUUAUGUCAGCUGUGAUUGUCACUUAACUUCAUGUUUUACAUAUUCAGAAUUGUUUUAAUAUAAUGUACUCAACCUUGUAUUAUUCCUGGUUUACAACUUUGUACUGACCCAGUCUUAAAUAUAAGAAAUACACCAUUGUUGUGC